GAUUUUUCCCCGUGAUCCACGCGCACCGUGAUAUCGCGCUCCAUGUGACGGUGAUAGUUAUCCCCGUGUUGUUUUUACCGAGCCAGCAAACUGUACGCGCACCGAGAAGACAUGCUGACGAUGGAGGCGGAACUCAAGGGCGGCCACAUGCCCCCGCACCACCACGUCUCGUCGUACGGCGCCCUGGCCCACGGCAACGUCAUGUCCCUGGGCCAGCCCCAGCUCCACAACCCCCUGUCGCAGCACCCCCAGCACCAGGCCCACCCGAACCAGCACACCCAGCACCACGGCCCGCCGACCAACAACAACAACUCCUCCAAGAACCAGAACAUCGACCGCGUCAAGCGGCCCAUGAACGCCUUCAUGGUCUGGUCGCGCGGCCAGCGCCGGAAGAUGGCUCAGGAGAACCCCAAGAUGCACAACUCGGAGAUCUCCAAGCGCCUCGGCGCCGACUGGAAGCUCCUCAGCGAGGCCGAGAAACGGCCCUUCAUCGACGAGGCCAAGAGGUUGCGCGCCGUCCACAUGAAGGAACACCCGGACUACAAGUACCGGCCCAGGCGGAAAACGAAGACCCUCCUGAAGAAGGACAAGUACCCCCUAACGACGUCCUCCCUCAUGGCCGGCGCCAACGCGGAAGUCCGCAAUCCCACGUCGACGGCCUCCUCCGUCCAGCAAGUCGUCUCCCGCGACAUGUACCAGAUGCCCAACGGGUACAUGCCCAACGGCUACAUGAUGCACCACGACCCGGCCGCCUACCAGCACCACCAGAGCUACUCCACGCACAUGCCCGGCGGGUACCGCUACGACAUGUCGCAGAUGCACCCCAACUCCAACCUCAACUCCUACAUGAACGGAUCCUACAGCGUGUACAGUUCGACCGGCGCCGGGUCCCCCUAUCACUCCUCGAGUAUACAGCAGCCAGGCUCGCAUAGCCCGAGCGGGUCGAGUAUAAAGUCCGAGCCGGUGUCGCCCUCGUCGGCGGGGAUCCACACGCCGACGCCGCAAGGGCCGCCGACGGUGAUCAAAAGGGAGUACGGGAACACGACGGGCGAUCUCCGCUCCAUGAUCUCCAUGUACCUGCCCACGGACUCUUCGGCGAUGGAGCAGAAUAGGAUGCAACACCAACUGCAGCAGCACUACCACGCCGCGUCGCCGGAUCACCUGGCGCAAUCGCCUAUGCCUCUAGCUCAUAUGUAGUUCCAGGCUGAAGCCGAGUUUCAGCCGUCCCAUGUGCCAAGUGUUUCACGCGCGCCCUUCUGAGCCCCCGGAUUCGACCGUGGAGCCCCGGCCCCGCAGCGGCUCAAAAUCCUGUGUUUGAAUCGUAAUUUUUCGAGUUUUGCGCCCUCAAAAUAAGCCCUGUUGUACCAAUAAUGUCGGGAAGUGUUUCGAAAAAUGUACUUGCUCAUCCAAGUGUUCCGCUCGUUUUUCAAAAGUGCGGCUUAUUGUGGCAGUGAAUUCAAUCUAAUUUCAUCCAGUGCGUGGUUUUUUACAACUCUCCUUUCAUAUCAAUUUAUCCGGUGCGUUCUUCCGUCGAGGAUUUUUUUUAUUUUAUUUAUUUAUCAUUUGUUUACCUUGUUGAGUAUGUUAAACCACUUCAGCCUCCUCUUCCGGUAUGUGAGUACUAUGAUUUUUUUUCAUAAUUAAGUUAAGAUUUGUUUUGUACAAAAUGGUGGCAUUUACGUCGAGGUUUCGUCACGACUUGAAAUGGAUUUUCGACUGAAAUUGACAUGAGUUUUAUCAAACGUCUUGCUCGAGACGCACGCUCUCACAUACCAAUAAACUUUUAAAUUUUGAAUGCACUAUGUGUUCGGAUCGUAAAGAAUCGUAUUUCUAGGGAAUUUUUACCAUAUCUUCGGUUUUGUCUUUUAUUUUUCAUAAUUUAUUUGAUUUUUUUGGUAUAAAGUAAAGAUGCGCUGGUUGCAUCGCACAAUAUAUGUAGUUAUGAAGUUACCAAAAUACCUUUGAAUCCGAUCAGAAACACGAUUCUACCCAAUUCAUAGUUAAUUCAAUCUCUAAAAGUUUUAGCGUAUCUACAUUCAAUCUUCAGUUACAAUUCGCAUAAUGACGAAGAUCGCAAACAGAAUAUUUUGCUCCAUGAGCAUUCAUAUACCUAUUUAUAACAUCGUAAAAUUUUGUAUUGAAUGUACGAGUAUUGACGAUAAAAUAUGUAUAAGUUUUCAAUUAGGUCCAAGAACAUUCAUUUUUUACAGUCCUCUGAAAGGCCUAAAUUCUGCCUUUCAUCAUCAAAAUUUACCGUUCUAAAUACCCAGUAAUUUUAGAUUUUUCAAGAUACAAAUUUAUUUUGUGAGUCAUGUUGCACACAUUUGCUCAUUGAAAAGUUUACAGAAGGGGAGAGACAGUAUUGUGUGUAAUGUGCAAGAAUUCACGAUAUUUCUAGUUAUUUCUAGCGAUGAUUCCAUGUUUAGCGAUUUUUUUAAACAUUGUUUGUUGAGUCGAAAUUCUACACCAUGAAAGUCUCUAUUACCUCGCUGUUCCACAAGACCCAGCUGAAAUUGGUAUCUAAUUGAAUCGGAACCGAAAUUUUGAUUGAUUUCGGCCAGUACAGCGUGUCAAAUUACCUUGACACCAUGCAUUAGCUUUAAAAUAAAUUAAAGUUCCGGAGUUUGGAAGAUUUGGGGGAAUUCAUGGCUCAAAGUGUUUCGGAAUCGAAUUAGCGGAAGGAGAGCCAAAAUUCUCAUGCAUCUCUUUUUUCUACCCGUGCGUUCGAGUCUCCUUUGUUUUUCGCGCGUUCCCAUUGAAUAGCCGCGAUGGAACCUUUUUUUGAUGAAAUUACUGUUACGUUGGAUGUACGUGAAAAUUGCUUGCAAGGUCUUAUUAUUUAUCGGUAAUUCUUUUUUUUUUUGUCCUUGAUUUGUUUACAUCAAGUGUCCGUUACUUUCAUUGAUUACUAAAAUUUUGCAGCGUUUUUCAUUAAUAAUGCGUGUACAUCCUCUGGAAAGCUUAUUACUUUCCAUUUUUAGCUAUCUCCCUCAUGAAAUUCAUUUUCAUUAUUUUAAAGCAUGAAAAUACGACUCAAUAGACUCUGAAUAAUACGGACGUAAGAAAAGUUCGGCUUUAUUUAAAACUGCUUAAAUUUAGCCAGUUAUUUAAAAAUGAAACUCAAAAAUAUUUGUUUCUAAAAUUUAUUCCGCAAAUUAACAUUUUCUAGACGAAAGAAAAGUGGAUCAAACUAUUUUCACAUACAAUUAUUUAAAUUGAAUGCACGUGCUCCUGAGUUCGUUGGAAUUGUUUCAAUAAUUGUGGUUUCAUUUGAAAUUUUUUUUUUUUAUGGUAGAAACCGAAAUUUUGAUUUUCACCAGAAAAUGGUGGUACCCAGGAGCAACAGUUAAUAUUUCCCAAAGUACUCAAUUCUAUCACGUGUUCCAUCUAUAGCUUUUUACCCUCCCACCAUAAUAGAGUUUUAAAACAAAUACACUUUUCAGCUCGUACACACUUUGUUUCAAUCAAAAUAUUAUUUUUGGAUAGUCGAAAUUCAAGAUCUGCCAAAGUUCGAGCUUUCAGAGCGGAAUAUCGUGAUAAAAUUUUGAAAGCUCUACAAUAAAUCGGAACUCUACUAUUGAGUAAGCGAAGUUCUGCUUUUAUCCGUUUUUUCCUCCUACUUUUUCCAGUAGUUUUUUAAUGUUGUUUGCCGGAUCAUAAUAGGCAAGUCAUGCGUCUCCUAGAUGAGAGAUUUUUUCACGCUCUUGCGGAACUUUCCAUUCAUGCUCGAGCAAUUUUUUCCGAACAUUUUCCACCGAGGGAAAACGCGAUUUGAUUCAGAAAAACUCAAAUGUAAUUUGUCGGCCUGUUGAGUGGUGUGAUAUAAUACGAUGACGGAAAUCUCGGAAUGGUAAAUUUAAUACGUGUCACGGAAGUUAAUUGCUCUUAUAAUGAGGAUGGGUUUAUUUUGAAAAUUUAAAUGGGUCAAAUUUUACUUCAUAGUGUUUUCUUUUUUAUUGAUUUUUUCUCGCUUUUAUUCUGAAUCCAUUUUACAAGAUUGUUUCGGCUGAAAUCUCUUUUUUUCGCUAUUUUCUAUGUAGUUUCCACUUCAUAUUUGAGGUGGAAAGUGGAACUUACGGUGGAAACUUAUAAAUAAAACGUAAUAACUCCUGAAGAAGAUAUCAGCAUGAAAAUGUAUCACUAAUUGAAUCUCGUUAAUCACACCUACAAAUCGGUUCCCAAUUUUUGUCAUCGAACCAAUGUAUCAUUUGAGAUCACGUAUAUCUUUUUUAGAAGCUGAUGUUUGAUUUUUUCGUUUUAAGAAUCAUAUUGUACGCAGAAUUUUUGAAAAGUUCACACGCGAAGGAAUGUUUUAUUUCUUUUCUUGUCUAGUGCUUUAUUUUUUAAACGAAAAAAGAUGAACCUUUGAAAAUUUCCGCAUUACGCUUGAAAGUAGCUGAAAACGCGGUAGUAACCUAACAAAACGUGAGUCCUUUUUCGAUAGCUCAUUUAUCAUUUUUCCUCUUCCAAUAUUUAAACCCGCAACCUCGGUGCAUCCACCUGACCGGCAACAAUCAAGAUCAAGAUACCGGUGAAAAUCAGUGAUACAUUCCGGCAAAAUCAGACCUUAUCUUUUUUAAAUUUUUCUUUCUUUAAAUUUAUUCGAUGAACUUAGUUGGUGCACCUUAAUAACGUUCUAGACCACAAACAUGGGUGAAUCUGUCACUUUCUCAUUUUUCAUUUUCUUAUUCUUUGUUUCGUUUUUAAUUUAUUACGAUCGAAUGUUUCGGUAUGUAUGCCCAAGCGACAACGUGCAAGACCACGAAAUCCAGGAAGCCCGUCAAAAUCAGGUUUCCUCUUUUUUUCUCCACAUUUUUUCUCAUUUUUAUUUUUUAUUUUUUAUUUCAUGAAGUCAAUUUUGAAGGACCAAGUCGGUGCAUCGACCAAAUGGACAACGCGCGAGGCCAUACAACUCGGUGAAUCCGUCACUUUUCAUUUUUUAAAUUUUUCUUCUAAUUAUUCUGAUUGACAGUUCCGAUAUCUCACUGAUUUGACAACGUGCGAGACGACAAUCAGGGAAAUCAGUCAAAAUCGACGGCGAUAGUGACGAAUACGAUCGCGGAAAGCGUGAUAAUCACAAGGCCGCGAUAGGUCAGUGAGUGAGCGCGGACACAGGUCGCGCGCCGGGGUCGAGGACCGGACGAUCAGCAAUCAGGACGAUCAGCCGCGGAAUCCAUAAACCGGGCACACGCGCACCGCCACCCACUCACCACGUUGGUUUUUUUUAUGUUUUUUAUGAUGUCCACCGGUGGUCAGUCUGGAUCCUGCCCAGGUGCACGUAAAUCCGGCUUACGCCUCCCGGGAGAUCAGCUGAUUUUCGAUCAGGUUUCUUUGUCAAGCCAUCUCUGCACCGAGGAAAAUGUGAUUCUUUAUGACGGAGAAGUCCGAUCUCUUCACCACCUAUUUUCAUUUGUGCUGGUGGUAAGACUUGUUCCAUCAAGGGAAUAAUACAUCGUGCACCAUUUCGUAAAAUUUUAGGCGUGACUAUGAAAACUUGUUGCCAUGAAUGUUACCUCGUCGCAAUGAAGAAUGUCCUCGACGUUAUAAAAUAUUUUCUGUUGUUUUAACCAAUGAAUCGCAUUGCGACAAGGAAACUUUCGUAGCCGCAAGCAAACGCUCGUUAUCACUAAAAUUUUGCUCGGCCUAGUAUGACGCAACGCGGUUUUAUCUCAAAGUAUUCAAGAAAGCUGAUUUUUCUUUUUUUAUAAACAAAAAAUGGUUCAUUUCUUUUAACGUCUGUAACAUUUUUCUCUUAAAUCGGGUUUCUUUCCCCGUGAAAUUCAGUCAAAUUCCGCUA